CUUGUUUCCCUUACUGCUACAGUAAAGGACCAUUUCCGAUGCAAACCAGCAGCGGACCUUCUUAAGCCUCCCGGGAGGCGGGAUGGCGGCUUCAGCCGCGCUGCUGCUGCUGCUUCUGGGGGCGGCAGGAGUCGGUCCGAGCCCUGCGUAUGGCUCGCGGGGGGACCGGGAGCCCGUUUACCGAGACUGCUUGACCCACUGCGAGAAGCGCAACUGCUCAGGGACGGGGCUGCGGCACUUCCGCUCCCAGCAGCCGCUUUAUAUGAGCCUCACAGGGUGGACCUGCAGAGACGACUGCAAAUAUGAAUGUAUGUGGUUGACUGUGGGCCUUUACGUCCAGGAAGGCUACAAAGUGCCUCAGUUUCAUGGAAAGUGGCCCUUUUCCCGUUUCCUGUUUUUUCAGGAGCCCGCUUCUGCCUUUGCUUCAUUCCUUAAUGGACUUGCCAAUUUAGUGAUGCUGAACAGAUACAAAGCAGUUGUCCCUCGUUCUUCUCCCAUGUACCACACCUGUAUUGCCUUUGCCUGGGUAAAUUUCAGUGCAUUCCAAUGGGGAACCGCGUUUCGCAAGACGAUUUUUAUCUGCGCAUCAGCUGUCAUCCUUCAUUCUGUGUACCUGUGUUGUGUCAGGACCUUAGGUCUGAAGCAUCCAGCCUUUGCCACUGCCUUUGGGGGUUUCUUACUCCUCUUCCUGGCCUUCCACGUCUCAUACCUGACACUUGUGCGCUUUGACUAUGGUUACAACAUGGCUGCCAAUGUAGCAAUCGGCCUCCUUAAUCUUUUCUGGUGGCUGGGCUGGUGCGUCAGGAAUCAGCAACGUUUGCCGUACGUCUGGAAGUGUGUGGCAGUUGUGCUACUUCUCCAAGCCUUGGCCCUCCUGGAGCUCCUGGACUUCCCACCUUUGUUUUGGGUCUUUGAUGCCCAUGCCAUCUGGCACAUCAGCACCAUCCCAGUCAAUAUCCUUUUUUACAGUUUCCUUGUGGAUGACAGCCUCUAUCUUUUGAAGGUCAACUCUGAUGUUCUUAAAAUUGACUAAAACUUUCAGUGGAACUUUACUUGGAGAAGGGCGCUGACUUUUAUGGAAAACACCCAUCAAUUACUUCCACCCUCUGAGAAGUCUGUUGUUUUAUGCCUACUUUGUACGGAGAACUGGUGACAAAUUUGCACUUCCUGUUUCUGUACUUCCACUUCUGAAGCCAUUGAUCUUGGGAUUCUAAUUGCCAUGGUGGAAUAAACUGGCUGCCUUCAUUUCUGGAUAGAUCAGGAUAGAGAUCUCAUCUCCCCUGGAACUUAUUUUUUUUGCCAAGGGAAGUAUCAUUUCGCCUUUCCAGCUCAUUUCAUGCCUCUUUUGGGAGAACAAGAGGGGGUUCACUUGUUCUGCUCAAUUCCCCUGUCUUCUCUUUUUACUGAGUGGCUCUAUGGGGUUAGAUCUGCGGGUCCAAAAGCUUUCACGAAAGCGACUUCAAAAGCAGUGUGGAAGAUGGUGACAGCCGCUUUGCAUAGAAAAAGCCUGUUUGUACUGCAGCGUGCUUUUGUUAACCUGAAGGAUCAUGUUGUUCAGUUUCAUUAUGUUGCUUCAUUGAAAGCUAGGGCUAUCCCUGCCCUUAAGCUGCCACCACAGGCAGCAGAUGCCGAGAGGCAAGAAGAAGGCAGAGUUGUCUGUGCAGGCUGCACUGCCCUCCCUGGACGCCCUAAAUUAUCCUGCCAUCGUCAGAUGGAGUGGAAGAUGAUGUGCCUGUGCCAGCCUCGAAGUAAGUUUCAGCUGCAUACUGGUCAGGUUUUAUACCUGGAAUGAGGGAAAGCCUGUUUGCUUCAGCCAACAAAAUGUCUUGGGCUAGCCCAUUGUACAGAUUACCUCUCCUUUUUUUGCCAAAUUGUCAGGUACUUAGUAUUGCUCUGUGGACUUUGCAUCUUGAACAGUGAGAAAAACAGAAGAUAGA